AUGGACAACACCAACAUCCACGUCCAGGAUACAGAAUCGGACUUUGAACCGGGCAAGCACACACCACACGACGAUGACAAGGACAGGGGCGAAGACGACACGAGUUCCCCGCCGCGCAAUGAGCCCUACAUCGUCGCCGGGCUCAGAACCGUCCUACUCGUGGGUGUAUCAUUCGUGCUACUGUGUCUACUCGGUCGAUCUCGACUAGCAUACUGGGUAAGUAGCGUAAUUACAGAUCACAACCCACCACCGCCACCACCAGCUCCGAUUCUAGACGGCACGCCCCCUCGAGACCUAAGUAUCUCCCGCGGAUCCGAUGCCAUAAACGGAGUCUUCCCGCUCUUCGACUCAUUAUCAUUAUCCACCUCCACGGGCGAGAUUCGUGUCACAAUCGUGCCCCAGGGCCUUUCUCACAGCGCCACCCAAUCCACCCCCGCGAAACUGCGGAUCCGCUCUGACUCGGGGAACGUGGUUGUCUCCUUCGCUGCACCAGCCGCAGCGUCAAUCCCAGAGUUUGACACGGAGAUGAGGCAUCAUGUGCAUGAAUAUUCGCACGGGUACAAUCUUCACAACCACGGUGGACAUGCAGAGGUAGUUUCGGCAUUGCCUCCGCCAAGAGAGUAUGAGGUCGACGUCGAGACACGCAGUGGGUCUAUUGCGGGCCGGUUCUUGUUUUCUACUUCGCUGCGCUUGGUGGCGGGUGCUACAGGCGAUGAGCGCGGGUCUAUCAGUGCGCUGCUUAUACCGCUCGUCCUUGAGGAUGAAGAAGCGCACUCUACGGUGAGACACGAGAAUAUCCCGAUUCUCACCCGCACCUGGGCCGGGAACCAGAGUAUUCGAAUCACGGAGCCGGUGGUGCUCGGCGGUCGAACUCACCAUGGGCGGAUAUUUUCUGGUCCGGCCGUUGCGUCACACCUUAGUGGCAAAGGCAGUAUAGAACUAGGGUACCCUACAUCAUGGGCGGGUACGGUUCAUGCUCGGACGGGCAGGAUGGAUGAUCCGGGGAUCUUGCUUGGAGGGAGAGGGGUGGAUGUUCUCGAGCGAGUGGAUGGGGGGGUCAAGGGACAUCGGGUUUGGGAGAGGGAAUCGGAGACGGACGAGAGUAACUGGUGGGGAGCACACGGAGACAUGGAGGUAUCGGCACAGUCCGUGGUAGGGGAGAUAUUUUUUCAUGCUGAUUGA